AUAUUUCAAAUUAAUUAAAUUGGCAUAACCCAAAUAGAAGAACCCUAAGAAGUCCAAACGCUGUUUCGAGUCCAAUUUCUCGUUCCCUCUGCAUUGUGGAAUUCGAUCGGAGUUGCGAUCAAUGACGACACCGCCGUCUUCCUCAUCAGCUUCGCAAUCGCAGUUUGCCUAUUCAAACCCUUCCUAUUUUCCCGUUCCCUUUCACCUGCAGCAACCUGCAACUACUCAUUACGCUGCACCCUACGUCGCCGCCCCCUCCGUGCAAAUCCCCGCUCCUCCCGUCGUCGGUCCGGUUGCGCCGGCGCCGGUUCCCGCUGUAUACUCCGCCGUGCCGCAAUACCAGGCGCAGCAGCUAUUUGAAAGGGAUGCACAGAUAAUUACGCCGGAGGCUCUUGAGAAUGUUAAGGCAGCGAUUGCGAGCAGCGACGUGGAACACAAAACCGAUGCCAAAAGGAAAGCGGUUCCUCGCAAAGCUGCUGGCCAAUCGUGGGAGGAUCCCAUCCUCGCUGAGUGGCCAGAAGAUGACUAUCGGCUCUUCUGCGGUGAUCUUGGUAAUGAAGUGAAUGAUGAUGUUCUUUCAAAAGCUUUUUCCCGAUUUCCUUCCUUUAACAUGGCACGAGUUGUCAGAGAUAAGCGUACUGGUAAAACUAAGGGUUAUGGAUUUGUGAGCUUUGCCAAUCCUUCUGACCUUGCUGGUGCUCUUAAAGAAAUGAAUGGAAAAUAUGUUGGCAAUCGGCCAAUAAAACUACGCAAGAGUAAUUGGAAGGAGAGGACUGAUUAUGAAGCACUGGAGAAACAGAAGAAUCACAUUCAAAAGAAACCAAAAUUGUCCAGGAAAGGUGUGCUGCACAAGUAAAAAGGGCCAGAAUCUGUGUAAAUCAGGUUACCAACUUACCUAAGUAAAACGGUGUUUACAAAAUGCUAUUUGUCUUUUCAUAUGAAAUGUGGUCUACUUAAGGGCCUCCCAUUCAGAUAUUUAUUUCCAAGGAACUCCAUGCAGUGGGAUGAGGAAUUAAACUCAAUGUAUAAAAUUUGACUUCUGCAUAUUUUAAUGAAAAAUCUUAGAUUGUGUACA